GAACUACAGCUUGAAUAUAUUGGAGGAUAACGAUUUCGAACAGAGAAUAGAAACAAAACUUGCUUGUGAUAAAUUAUUUCCCCAAGAAUUGGAAGAGUAUUACUUGAAAGAAAUUUGUAGCCAGUUACAAAAGAUGGUUAAAAUUUAUGGUGUUGGAUUAGAAAACGUGUAUAAAAAACAGACACAAAAAUUGGACAUUAAUUAUGAAACUAAGACAAUUUUAGAAGAAACGGAUGGAAUUUUUUAUAAUUUUGAAAUUAAAAAGAACAAUGUUCCUCGCAUUUCAUAUGAUGAUCUUCAACGAGAAAAUAUCAAAUUAAGUAAAGAUAACUCUGUGGAGAGUUUAGUGGAAUAUUCACUAAAUUAUCAACAAUUGAAGGCUGCCGUUGAAUUUUUUAGUAUCGAAGCAAACACAAGUGCAUUAUUAACAUUUAUCUCUAAAAUCAAGGAAGGGGAGGAUAAAGCAAUGCUUAAAGAAUUAAAUAUGGCUUAUUUGCAUAAAUAUGCGGAAAAAUUACAUAAAACUCUGAAUAAGAAAAAAUCUUUCCUUACUAGCAAAAAUAAACAGGUAAAUUUAUAA